CCCUUCAAUAUAAGCAGAUGUUCAGUUUGGCUCUGAAGAAAAAAAUCAUUUCAGCAGCUCAGUCAGACACUAAAGAUCCUCCAGAGCCUGGAGGAGAGGUGCAACCGGAUCCUGAGGAACAUGGAAGCCUCCCUGACAGCUCGGGAUCGUGUGGGCAUCCAGGACUUUGUCCUCCUGGACGCCUACACCAGUGAGAGAGCCUUCCUGGACAACCUGAGGAAACGCUUCCAUGAGAAUCUCAUUUACACCUACAUUGGGACUCUGCUGGUGUCGGUGAACCCGUAUAAAGAGUUAGACAUCUACAGCAAGAAGCAAAUGGACACCUACAUGGGAGUUAACUUAUUCGAGCUUCCACCUCACAUCUACGCUUUGGCAGAUAACGUCUUCCGCACCAUGAAAUCUGAGUUCAACAACCAUUUCAUCCUGAUCUCUGGGGAAAGUGGGGCUGGAAAGACCGAAGCCUCCAAGAAAAUCCUCCAGUUCUACGCUGUCAGCUGCCCGAGCACCAAAGUAUUAAACAACGUCCGGGACAGGCUGCUACUCUCUAAUCCAGUGCUUGAAGCUUUUGGAAAUGCCAAAACCCUGAAGAAUGAUAACUCGAGCCGCUUUGGGAAAUACAUGGAUAUCCAGUUUGACCACCAGAGUGGAGCUGUUGGUGGCCACAUCCUCAGUUACCUGCUGGAGAAAUCCCGUGUUGUCCAUCAGAACCAUGGCGAGAGAAACUUCCACAUCUUCUACCAGCUGGUGGAAGGAGGAGAGGAAGAGCUUCUCCGCUGGCUCGGCCUGGAGAGAAACUGCAAGAACUACUGCUACCUAGUGCAAGGGGAUUGUGCCAAAGUUAGCUCCAUCAACGAUAAACGUGACUGGAAGACGGUGAGGAAGGCCCUCUCUGUUAUAGAGUUCAGUGAAAGUGAAACAGAGAAUUUAUUUGGAAUAAUUGCCAGCGUACUGCACAUGGGGAACAUAAAGUUUGAAGCCGAUGCUCGAGGAUACGCCACUCUCAACAACAACCAGGAGAUGCACUGGGUGUCAAAGUUGUUGGGGAUUCCUAAUCAGGUGCUACAACAGGGCUUAACUCACAGAAAGAUAGAAGCCAAAUCAGAGGAGGUGCUCAGUCCCUUCUCUGUGGACCAUGCAGUGUAUGCCAGGGACGCCCUUGCCAAAGCCAUCUAUGGACGUACUUUCAACUGGGUGGUCAAUAAGAUAAAUGAAUCAUUGGCUAACAAGGAUUCCUCCAGGAAGACAGUAAUCGGAUUACUGGACAUCUAUGGGUUUGAGGUUUUUAACGUGAACAGCUUUGAACAGUUUUGCAUCAACUACUGCAACGAAAAGCUGCAGCAGCUUUUCAUCCAGCUGACCCUCAAAUCAGAGCAGGAGGAGUACGAAAUGGAAGGGAUUGAAUGGGAACCAGUGCCAUAUUUCAACAACAAGAUCAUCUGUGAUCUUGUGGAAGAAAAACACAGAGGAAUCAUCUCUUUGUUGGAUGAGGAAUGUUUGCGCCCCGGUGAAGCCACAGAUCUUACCUUUCUGGAAAAGAUGGAGGAAAAAAUUGGUGGCCAUCCUCAUUUUGUCACACAUAAACUUGCGGGCAAAGAAACAAGAAAGAGCCUGGACAGAGGAGACUUCCGCCUGUUGCACUACGCUGGAGAGGUUACAUACUGUGUUGUCGGAUUCUUGGACAAAAACAAUGAUCUGUUGUAUCGAAAUGGAAAAGAGGUCAUGAGACAGUCCAAGAAUGGCAUCAUCAAAAACUGCUUCCCCUCUUCUGAACCAGAAAGCAAAAAGAGACCUGAAACUGUGGUGACUCAGUUUAAGAACAGCUUGGCGGGACUGACUGAAAUCCUGAUGUCCAAAGAACCCUGGUACGUCCGCUGCAUCAAACCCAACGAGUCCAAGCAGUCAGGACAAUUCGAUGAUGUGCUGGUGAGACAUCAGGUGAAAUAUCUUGGGCUGAUGGAGCACCUGAGAGUCAGACGAGCUGGUUUUGCAUAUCGCCGCAAAUAUGAGCUCUUUCUCCAGAGGUACAAGGCUCUGUGUCCAGAUACCUGGCCAAACUGGAAAGGUACUCCAGCAGAAGGUGUGCUGUGCCUCGUUAAACACCUGGGCUACAAAUCUGAUGAGUACAAGAUGGGAAGGACAAAGAUUUUCAUCCGCCACCCGAGAACUCUGUUUGCCACAGAGGAUGCCUUUCAGAUCUGCAAACAUAAGCUAGCAACAAGGAUUCAGGCCAAAUACAAAGGCUACAGGGUGAAAGAGGACUACCUGAAACAGAAAGAGGCCGCCACAAAGAUCGAGACCUGUUGGAGAGGUCUGAUGGCGAGGAAGGAGCGUGAGAGGAGAGCUUGGGCUGUGAAGGUCAUCAAGAGGUUCAUUAAAGGUUUCAUGACCAGAAAUCAACCAGCCUGCAUCGACAACAGUGAAUACCUGGCCUAUGUGAGGCAGAGCUACCUCACACGGCUGAAGGAAACCCUUCCCAAAACGGUCCUGGAGAAGGACUGCUGGCUCACCCCGCCUCCUGUCAUGAGGGAGUGUUCCCAGCUCUUGCACAAGAUCUACAGUCGCCAACUAGUGAGGAAGUAUGUCCGCGGGAUUGCUCCUCAAAGGAGAUCUCAGCUCCAGAUGAAAGUUCAGACGAGCUCCAUGUUCAAAGGGAAAAAAGAAAACUACACCUUCAGCGUGGGCCGACCGUUUGUGGACACUAGGAUCGCUUUAGAAGACAUAAACAUCAAGGUCCUUCAGCUGAUCCGACACGAACACAUCAAGUACAGUGUGCCAGUGGUGAAAUACGACAGGAACGGCUUCAGGCCUCGCCUUCGGCAGCUCAUCUUCACCCAAGAAGCCGCCUACCUGAUCGAAGAGGCAAAAAUCAAGCAGAGAAUCGAUUACGCCUCUCUAAGAGGUGUGUCUGUGAGCAACCUAAGUGACAACUUCCUCAUCUUUCAUGUUACCUGUGAUGAUAUCAAACAAAAGGGGGAUCUGGUUCUGCAGUGCGACUACCUGUAUGAAGCUCUGACUAAACUGAGUGUUGUUGCUGACAAGCAGAGCUGCGUCAAAGUGGUCCAGGGGAGUGUGAGAUUUGACAUCCAGCCUGGCAGAGAAGGGUUUGUGGACUUCAAAAGUGGUCAGGAGUCCAUGGUCUACAGGGCAAAGAAUGGCCACUUGAUGGUGGAAUCAACGAGAGUCAAGUCCAGAUGAAGAAUAUGCAGGAUCACAUGGUGCUCGUAGUGGUCCUGAGUCAGCAGCCAUGCUACACAGCUCACCACCUGUUUUCAAAAAUUUACAUCAGCUGACUUUUUUUAAGUUUGCAUCUUUAGAUUAAUGUCAGAGUUUAUCUGUUGAUGCACAGAUCCUGCCAAUAAAUGUAGUUAUAAAGCUUGUUCAUGUAGAUGAUGUUUGGGUGUAAAUCACCUCUGAAGUAACUGAUCCUAGAACAGAAUCAACUAAAAACUGAAGAUUUUUUGUUUUUAAUGUUCAGUAAAAUGAUAACAUAUUUCUGAAGCCAUGACUGCAACAUUUAUUAGGGCUUAACAUUGCCACACCUUUAUAUGGAAGCUGCGUUUUGAGUUUUUAUCUUUAUGAACAUUUUCAGAGUUUAUUAAAGCAAAAACUAAAAUUAGAACAUCGUCUUUAUUUAGCAGCUUCCCCUGCUGGACGUCGGUGGAACUUACCGACGAGUUUAGUUAAAAUCAAAUUCUUGAAUUGUUUUGCUUUGCAGCUUCAUCAAAGAAAAUCUGCAAAGCUGUCGUCUCAUUUAAAUCAGGGUCAUUUUUUUAAAAGAUUUUUGUGAUUUAGCUUUUAGAUUUAUCCGCAUGCUUCAAAUUAUGGUUCUUUACCUUUUCCUCAUGUUUUCCUUAAUACACCAUUUAAUGUCUUUUUAAUCCCAAUACAAAAAACAAAUGGCUUACUAAGUUUAGUGCGUACUGAAAAAAAUAAUUUUAAUGUCAUAAAGCAACCCUGUAUUGUAUUAUUGUUGAUUUAUUUCAGUU